AUGGAGCGGCGUUGUAGAAUGCGAGGUUCCUGUGGGAGGAAGAGCAUGUUUGGAAAACCACUUCCAUGUCCGUAUGACGGACCUGCGCUUGAGCCCGAGGACGACGAAGCACGCGAUCUUCUGGUCGACGUAUGUGGUUCAGAUUUCGCUCAAGGACCAGUCUGUUGUACGUCGGAUCAAGUCGAAACCCUCCGUGACAACUUCAACCAGGUGGAAGGCCUAAUAGCGGCGUGUCCGGCUUGCCGGAACAACUUCCGCUCAUUCUUCUGCACCUUCACAUGUUCCCCACACCAGUCAACCUUCCUGAACAUAACUUCAACUCAGAAAACCCAGGACGAAAAGGUAGCAGUGAAAUCCCUUGACUUUUUUGUCUCAGAGCAGUACGGGACCGGCUUCUUUGACAGCUGCAAGAAUGUUCAGGUUGGGACCACCAACGGCUAUGCUAUGGACCUAAUUGGAGGCGGGGCCAAGGACUAUUCGUCAUUCUUCAAGUUUAUGGGCGACGAGAAGUCAAUAGGGAGUCCAUUCCAAAUCGACUUUCCUCACAACACCCCUCCCGAAUUUUCAUCUCUAAAUUCCAUACCUCGAAACUGCACAGAUGUUGACCUCAGUAGUCGGUGUACAUGUAUCGACUGUCCAGAUGUUUGCCCCACCCUUCCCUAUGUGCCACCGCCUGACGGCUCUUCUGCCUGCCAUCUUGGCGGCUUAUCAUGCCUUUCCUUCGUUCUCAUCCUCGCCUACGGCCUUGCAGUGCUCAGUUUCUUCAUUGGAUACGUUGUACAAACGACGAUUCGGAGGCGGAGAGAGACGACUUACGAAAGGGUGGCUCUAUCUGCUGAGACAGCGUCACCAAGGACGCAUACAAGGGGUUUGAUUGGCGCUGGUUCUCUUGCUCAGUAUUUGGACGAAGAUUCCGUUGGCACUCAGUCAGAAUCACGCAAUCUAGGCCGCGGCGCUUCACUCCUUGAUCCCAUGGAAACAGUUCAGCCCCGCCAAUAUCCUCUCAACAAUAUUCUUCGCCGCUUCUUCUAUCGACUAGGAAUGCUGACUGCAUCUUAUCCUUGGUUGACGUUUGCCACAGUGUUCCUCCUUGCUGGGCUUCUCAACAUAGGGUGGAAGAAGUUUGAGAUCGAGACCGACCCAGUCCGCCUUUGGGUAGCACCCUCUUCCGAGAGUAAACAACAAAAAGAGUACUUUGAUGAACAUUUCGGACCGUUCUAUCGAACCGAACAAAUUUUCGUCACAGCAGUCGGAGGUAUUGUUCUUUCUUGGGACCACUUAAAAUAUUGGUUCGAGGUUGAAGCUGACAUCCGGGCUCUUGUAUCCCCCAGUGGCUACAAACUUUCCGAUGUAUGUUUCAAGCCUGCAGGUCCACGAGGCGCAUGUGUCGUUCAAUCUAUUGCUGCAUGGUUUGGCAACGACCUAGAUGAUUACGAUGAAGAGAGCUGGUCAGAACAUCUUCUAGAAUGUGCCAAUAGUCCUGUUGAGUGUCUUCCAGACUUUCAACAACCGCUAGGUCCACACUACGUGUUGGGAGGUGUUCCACGAGAGGCAGACACCCCGUUAUACCUCGAAGCUGAAGCAAUGGUGGUUACCUACGUUGUAUCCGACUCACUAGACUCUGUAACACAAGCCAGAGCUAUGGAAUGGGAGGAGACAUUGCGUUCAUACCUUGUUGACUUGAGCGAGAGUGGGUUGGAAAUCGCAUUUUCAACUGGUAUCUCCCUCGAAGAGGAAAUCAAUAAAAGUACCAACAUGGAUGUCAAAAUUGUUGUCCUGUCAUACCUCGCAAUGUUCUUCUAUGUCUCUCUGACUCUGGGAAGCGGGUCUGCAAUACGACAGGAAGAUGGCCUUGUGGCAUCCCUCAUUGAAUGUGGACAAAACUUCCCCCGCCUUUUCACUCGAUCUAGCGUCUCAUCGUCAUCCCUUUCCGUAGAUUCACGGCCCCCACCUCGCCUCUUCCCGCGGCUACCUCGCUCUCUUUUUGUUGGGUCCAAAUUCACACUUGGUCUAUUUGGUAUCCUUCUUGUAAUACUUUCCGUCUCAUCUUCUGUGGGCUUCUUCUCCUUCCUUGAAGUCAAGGUUACCCUGAUCAUUGCCGAAGUAAUACCAUUUCUCGUCCUUGCUGUUGGAGUCGACAAUGUCUUUAUCCUGGUCCACGAGCUGGAUCGACAGAAUCUCUUACACGCGCCCAUGUCGCCCACCAAUUCAUCAAGGUCGCCCUUUGAGUCGACCAAUGAUGUCGACGCGUCUUCGAUGCCUUUAUACCUUCCAGCUGAAGAGCGAGUUGGGAGGGCGUUGGCAAAAAUGGGGCCAUCUAUCCUUUUGAGUACCAUCACUGAAACGACGGCUUUUGCAUUGGGAGCGCUUGUACCCAUGCCUGCAGUCCGCAAUUUUGCGCUUUAUGCCGCUGGAAGCGUCUUCUUGAAUGCGACUCUGCAGGUUACAGUUUUCGUCAGUGCUUUGUUGCUCGAUCUGAAACGCGUCGAGUCAAGCCGUGUGGACUGUUUGCCGUGCAUAAGAUUGCCUCCACGAAUUACAUUGCCUGAUGCUCCAUUGAGUGGUGGAGGCCUUGGCAGAGUUGCACGAUUUAUCCGCCGAUAUUACGCACCAUUCUUGCUUAAACCCGUUGUGAAAGGCAUUGUUUUGCUUACCUUUGCAGGUGUCUUUGUGGCAUCUGUAAUAUCUAUGCAACAUAUUGAAUUAGGUCUAGAUCAAAGGCUCGCCUUACCAUCUGACUCCUAUCUUAUUUCAUAUUUCGACAACCUUGAUGCGUACCUCGACAUUGGUCCACCUGUUUACUUCGUUGCCAAAGAUAUCGACGUCACUCAACGUCAAGGCCAACAAACAUUGUGUGGUCGAUUCACAACGUGCCUUGAUACAUCUGUUCCUAAUCGAUUGGAAGGAGAGCGCAAGCGCCCCGAGUCAUCUUUCAUAUCAGAACCCACUGCAUCUUGGAUAGACGAUUUCCUGGGCUGGCUCGAUCCUGGGAAAGAAGAAUGCUGUCGAGUCCGCAAGGCAGAUCCCUCUGUUUUCUGUCGGGAAAGAGAUCCUGCCCGCCUCUGCCGACCCUGCUAUGAAGGCAAAGAGCCUGCGUGGAACAUUACCAUGGAUGGGUUGCCUGAGGAUGGGGAGUUCAUGCGAUAUCUCAGGCAGUGGUGGAUUUCGCCAACCACCGAAGAAUGUCCUUUGGCUGGCAAGGCAUCCUUUGGGACUGCCCUUUCCCUUGAUUCUGAUAGCGUCGUCGCAUCCCAUUUCCGCACCUUCCAUUCUCCUCUUAAGAGGCAAGCUGACUUCAUCAACGCCUUUGCUGCUGCUCACCGAAUUGCGGAAGAAAUUUCGGAGGAAACUGGGGCAACGGUUUUCCCUUACUCCCUAUUCUAUGUCUUCUUUGACCAAUAUGCCCACAUCAUCGCGAUUACACAGGAAGUUCUGGGUCUAGGAUUGGCAUCGGUCCUCGUCAUCAUGGCUUUAAUGCUUGGUUCAUGGAGAACGGGAACGAUCGUGACUGGUGUUGUUGCUCUGACUGUGACAACAGUUAUGGGUAUCAUGCCCAUUUGGGGCAUCAACCUCAAUGCCAUUAGCUUGGUCAAUCUCGUCAUAUCUCUUGGAAUUGCUGUCGAAUUCUGUGCGCAUGUUGCUCGCGCAUUUAUGAGCGCUGGAACAGGACUUCCUGUUGAUCAUCCGUCUGGUCAGAAGGAGCGGGAUGAGCGGAUGUGGACUGCACUGGUAGACAUCGGGCCUUCGGUUCUGUCCGGAAUUACUUUUACCAAGCUGAUUGGUAUGUCCGUGCUCGCGUUGACACGCUCAAGGCUUCUGGAGAUCUAUUAUUUCCGGAUGUGGCUCACGUUGAUCAUUUCCGGAGCUCUUCAUGGCCUUGUUCUACUUCCUGUCGUGCUUAACAUAGCGGGAGGAUCUGGUUUUCCCCAACAAGAGGCGGACGAAGAAUGGAUGUCGAAUGCAAUUAGAAACGACUAUGACUAUCCACCUUUCCUCGCAGACGACGAUUCUAUAGCGAGCGACUAGAUAUUUAUUUGAUCAUAGAACUCUGUUGGAUGGAAAAAUAUACCAUUUUUU